AAGGAAGUUGUUUUGUUUUGUUGAUUGCGUUGUGUAGCAGCCUAGGAGGGCAGAGAAGAGAGGGAAGAAGAGGCUGUUUCUGGUUCUGGAUGCAACAGUGCCCUUCUUUUCAUUCGUUCAAACAGAUCAACUCUUCUCCUUCUAUUUCUUCCUGUCUGCAUCUCUUAUGCAUAUUUGUCUCUGGAUUCUGCUAGUUGGAAAAGAAUUUAUUUCACUCUGGCCGCUUUAAAUCAUUCGAACUGUUCUCGCACCUCGAGAAGGGUGUGGGGUGAUGCAGAAGGAGUGAUUUCGCUUUGUGUUUUACGAAGAUCAAAGUCGUCAGACAUAUGGAGAUUGUGCCGUGCUUCAGUAGGCUUGUCUGUUGAUUAUGGCUAAGGGUGGCUUUUGCUUUGCCCCCAGAAGCUCUUUCUAAUUUGCCUCUGAAUAUCAGCAAAUUUAGAGUCUUUGAUCAAGCUUCUGGAAAAUUGAUUAUAGAGUGUCGUUGAUAUUUGUUUUUGUGCAAGCAAGUUUACGGUUUAGAUGUAGGUCUCAACAGCAUCGCAGCAAUGUUUAGAUUUUCUUGUUUCCAUGCUAAUGUCCAAGGCCACAAGACAAAGAAAACAGUUCUACCUACUGAAGCAAUGGUGAAGGCUUCACAAGAUGGUUCCAAAAGUCAAGUCUAUAAAGAUUCAUCUCCCACCAAAAGCUCAAAAUCAACACCUUCAAAAGAACAAGUUCAUAAGAAAAUGAAUGUCAUUGAGAGUCAAAUUAGCAGUUCGGAUUCAGUUGAGCGCAUUGAUAGGUCAGAAGAUCUGAAUAGCAAGUUUUCCAUUGAACUUGAGAGAGAAGCACACCAAACUGGGUGUCUUAAGAAAAGCCAGUCUCUGGGUGGGCUUUACCGAGGCACUACUGAGGGUGAUGAAGAUCUGGGAUUUUCUGGAAAUAAUUCCCAAGGCUGCUAUGAUUCUCCUGGUGUUAACUCCAUUGAUCAAUCUGAAAAGAAUCCAGACUUUGAGUUUCAAGUCAAUUUAGAUCUUGCAAAUAAUGACUCACUUUUUUCAAUAGGAGAUCCUUCACCUUCCGAUAAAGGUGAAAUUUCUGAGACUCCAUUAUCUGGUGAAUUAGCUGGUGACUCUGCUGACCAGAAUUCUGGUCCCGGGACCCCAUCUUUGAUGAAAUCACGUUCUCUACCAAAUAUUAAAGCUUCUACACUUUCCCCUGAAAAUCAUGCUUUCAAACAUCCAUCUUCAAAGUCAAGGUCUUCUGACGAUCUUCAUGCUUUAGGCAUGAGGAAGAAAGAGGGAUUCAUCAAUGAGUCUGAGGAUCAAAUAAGGGAAGGUCAAGAGAGGGAGGACAACAUUGGAAAAACAGAAGAUAAUCAUAUGGGCGAAUACUUUGAUGAUGGUUUUGAUUCUUAUCUCCUUUCUGAUCUAGAAAAAGACUGGGUAAUGCCAACUACAGAUGAUAUAAGUGAAGUCAAAACCCUUCAAGGAGAUAACUCAGUUGAUUGCUUUGGUGAAUUCCCUAACAAGGAUUUCAAGGUUAAGCGCAUUGAGGAUUGGGUAGUGGAUCUGCAGCAUUGCGGACCACCUGUAGAGGAGAUAAAUGAAUUGCCGGAAUCCGUUGAUCCCGUAGUUGAUAUUAACACCAUAAAUGGUGUGACUGCUGCAGGUGUGAAUCAUAAGAUCACUCCAGGAAUGGAAGCAGCUAAAAGAUAUAUAUCUUCAUUGACUGCUAAUGCUUCUGCAGCUCAGCUGGCAAAUCAUGGGUUGGUUGUGGUCCCAUUUUUGAGUGCAUUUGUGAGUUUGAAGGUGCUCAAUUUGGCUGGAAAUUCAAUAGUAAGGAUAACUGCUGGUGCUCUUCCUCGAGGACUUCACUCCUUGAAUUUGUCAAGAAAUAAUAUUUCCAGUAUAGAGGGACUGCGUGAACUUACCCGGCUUCGUGUCCUUGACCUCAGCUACAACCGUAUACUAAGAAUUGGACAUGGCCUUGCAUCCUGUUCAUCUCUCAAGGAGCUGUACUUGGCUGGAAACAAGAUAGGUGAAGUAGAGGGUCUGCACCGUCUCUUGAAACUAAGUAUCCUGGAUCUCCGUUUCAACAAAAUUUCAACAGCCAAAUGUCUCGGUCAGCUUGCAGCUAACUACAAUUCUUUGCAAGCUAUCAACUUGGAUGGGAACCCUUGCCAGAAAAAUGUUGGGGAUGAACAACUGAAGAAAUAUCUGCAAGGCCUUCUUCCCCAUCUUGUCUACUACAACAGGCAGGCUAUGAAAGUGAGCACUUUGAAGGACGGGGCUGAUCGUUUGGUUCGGUUAGGAACGAAUGAUCGCAGCCUUAGAGUGGAUCGCAAGACCACAAGGAAAGGAAGCCAUGGCGUUGCGGCUGCGCGGAGACCACCAUCCACUUCAACUCAUUCUCACAGAAGUCAGACAGUGGAGUCACCGAAACUGUCCAAAGGCAAGCAAAGCCAUUUGCCACCAAUCAGAACCAAAGUAUCAACCCAGAGUCGCCAUUAUUUGGAUGCUCAAAGCAAAGUAUUGAACUUGACAUCAGGGCACUCCAUGCGCAAGAGUCGCAGUGAGGGAACUCUGGGAGCUCUAUGAGGGCAUUGCACUGCAAAUUGAUCCCUUUACUGCCUUUGUUUCAGUAUGCAUCUCUAAUUUACUUUCGUAUUUUAUGUUCAUGCUGUGUUCUGUUCGCACCCUUUGCCCCCUCCCCUUGAUUAUUCUGCACUAGAUUUUGAUACAUUGAUUUAUGGUUAUACUUGUUUUCAGUUUUCCCAAUAAGCAGCUUUAUGCUUUCUAUUUAAUUAUUGCUUGUGUUUUUUGCAAGUUUCUCAAAACAUCCUUGUCAAUUUGUCUGGAGUUGGGUGCAAGUUUAAUAAAAAAUAAAUUUUAUCAUC